AUCUCCAUGUCGAGUCUCUCCUGAGGCACAAACUUGGUCUAUCUUGCUCCUCCAGUAUCUUUGGCACAAACUUGGUCUGCAAACUCGCGAGAGCUGCGGCUCUCCACGCCGGUGGCUGGCGCCAAGCUGCGCUCUCCCGUUGUCACUAUGGCGGCUGGGAAAGAGUUGAGGAGCCGGAACCUGCCCUGGGUGGAAAAGUACCGGCCGCAGACCUUGGAUGAUCUAAUUUCUCAUCAAGAUAUCCUUAACACAAUUCAGCGAUUUAUCAGUGAAGACCGCCUCCCUCACCUACUGUUCUAUGGACCACCAGGAACUGGGAAAACAUCUACUAUUUUGGCCUGUGCCAAACGACUUUAUAAGAACAAAGAGUUAAACUCCAUGGUUUUAGAGCUGAAUGCCUCUGAUGACCGUGGUAUUGACACGGUGCGUGGACCAAUAUUGAACUUUGCCAGUACCAGAACCAUUUUCAAGAAAGGUUUUAAGCUUGUUAUUCUAGAUGAGGCAGAUGCUAUGACUCAAGAUGCUCAGAAUGCCCUCCGAAGAGUGAUUGAAAAAUUUACAGAAAACACAAGGUUUUGCCUGAUCUGUAACUACCUAUCAAAGAUCAUCCCUGCUUUGCAGUCUCGAUGUACAAGGUUCCGCUUUGGACCACUGACAACAGAACAGAUGAGCCCAAGAUUGGAAUUUGUCAUUCAGGAAGAAAAAGUCAACAUAACUCCAGAUGGACUAAAGGCUAUUUUGACACUUUCCAAUGGUGACAUGCGACGAUCUUUAAAUAUUUUACAGAGCACAAACAUGGCAUAUGACAAAGUCACUGAGGAUACAGUGUACACCUGCACUGGUCAUCCACUAAAGUCAGAUAUCGCAAACAUCCUGGAUUGGAUGCUCAACAAAGACUUCACCACUGCAUAUAAGAAUAUCAUGGAAUUAAAGACAUUGAAAGGUUUAGCUCUGCAUGACAUUCUGACUGAGGUUCAUACUUUUGUACAUCGAGUUGAUUUACCACCUUCAAUUCGUAUUCAUUUGUUGAUCAAGAUGGCAGAUAUUGAGUAUAGACUAGCAUCGGGAACCAGUGAGAAGAUCCAGCUAAGCUCACUUAUUGCUGCAUUUCAAGCUGCCCGCAAUAUGGUUGUAGCUGAAGCUUAGUGUUUAAUAUUUUGGUUGUGAUUAAUAAUACUGACAAAUUAAACAUGUUCUUAUUUGGAAA